AUGAAACGUCAGCAAGAGUCCAGCGAAGAUCAAGAGAAGCCCAAGCGCAGACGCGGGUCUGCAACUCACCUUCAUGCUAAAUGGUUUGCGUGGUACGCCCAGGCGCCGCGGAUGUGGGAGGCGCCGAUCUCGAAGCAUCCAAAGUCCGAUGCCAAGCUGCUCGUAGCCUUCAUGAAGCUGUUUUUGGCGGAGGACUUCACGCUGGAUACCACUUCUGCCGACUACCGCGAUCGUGUUCUCGAGCUAGGGCAGCGCGCGGAGGAGACCAUCUACGUAUUCCUCGCCGAGCGCAACAUCACGUCGCGUGGCUCAAGCGCCGUCCUCAAGCAUCUGUGGGUCCUCCAUCGCUCGGGCGACCUCAACGCGAAGAUCGAGCGCCACCAACGUCUACUCCAGACAGCAGCAGUCCGUGACCCUGCCCCCGGAUACUCGCAAGACGUGCUAGAGGUAGUUAGACAGUAA